GUGCUAUUUUGGGGUCUGAGGAGGGGGCUAAGCAGGCAUAGCAUGCGCCUGUGUCUCUCUUUCCCUCUCCGAAGAGUUUGUGAGAGGAGCUACUCAAGUUUUUGUACGGUGGAUUACAAAGACUUUUCUCCUGUCACAAAGUAUAAAAUAUGGGGUGUUGUUUCAGCAAAGAGCUGAAUCCUAACUUGGUCAGCGAGAGAACAAGUCUUCUUCAAGCCACGAUUCCUAACGGGUCCACAUUAAAAGUCGGUGCAAAAUCUGUUGCCGAUCUGACCGAAGAGAAGCCUUCUCAAAAUGGUAAUGUGAAUGCAGCUAUGGAUGUCAGUUGUGACGGUUCCAGGACAAACUUGUCAGCAAGUCUCAACAUCAUUAAAGAGGGGGGAAGCAGCGUACAGGAAGGUACAGCAUUUUGGGAUGCACCUGCCAAUGACCCACCCAUCAACGAGUCUAUGGUCCAAAAAGUGAAUGCAGAUGAAUUGGGGAAAGAUAUUGGCAAUGGCAAAAUUAGGGAAAUGGAAACACUUGACAUUGUGAAACAAAGAAUAGCCGAAACUGCCAUAACGAGGGCGAAAUGGUUUUGUGAAGGUCAACAGUCUCAUUUUCAAGAUUUAACUGAGAGCAAGAGCGAGAGCGGAGAAAAUCAGUCAUGCAUUUUAAAGGAUCAAGACUUGGGCAUCUCUGUCAAUGUAAAAGAGGAACAAGUAAUCAUGCCGGGAGAUAUGGACAGUGAACAAUCAAAACAUGCGUCCACUUCAAAUCAAGUCGCCUCUGUGCUCAGUAAAUGCUCUGGGAGACCAGCAAAGCCGUAUGACUCAGCGGAGGGAAAUUCUGAGCUGGUGUUUACCAACCGUGGCUUUAAAAAAGAACAGAGUUUCUACAGCAUUUGCUUGAUCGAUUUGGAGGAUCUCGGGAGUGAGUGUGGGCAUCAGUCUGUGACAGAGGCUGACGCAAACAGGUACGCAAGUACACCAGCUGUCUCUGAAAAGGCUUUGUUUGAUAAUUCAUUACUCCCAGAGGACCACAGAAUAUCAGAUUCAGGCCAUUUGUGUGAAAUUACAGCAACACAACAAACAGUAAAAGGCCCCACGGAGAGAAGCAUAUCAGAGUGUUCUACAAGUCUACCAAAUGAAGAAAAUGCCCUCCCAGAUCCUCCUAAAAUAUCUCCUGACCAGGAAAAUAAAAGGCCUUUAUCUGAAAAUGUUUCCAGUCCUUGUAAAGAUACAGAAAACAACACGUGUGCAAUUGAAAACAUUUGCGAAGGGCACGGCCAUGAGGAAGAAAAUCAUGUUGCCUGUGUUUCCUAUACUUUAGAGGACUGCAUUGAUCAUCCCUCUCUAAAUUUGCUGGAUCAAAAUGGACAGGUGUCUAUCAUGAAGUCAAGUCCAGAUGCCACAUGGUCACUGGGGACUUUUGGUGACCUACUUAAAAACCAGCAAGAUCCUUACGGUAUCUCUGGUUACAGGGGAACAGAUUUGGAGCAUGCCAAUGAACUGAAUAUGGACUACAAAGAUUUGGAUGGAUGCCAGUUGAAACCACCUCAGCAAGACUUCAGUGAUCCUUCGGAUGAUAUUGCAAAGUUUGAAGUUGAAUCUGAGAAAAAACACAGUUUAAGUAAAAGUGUUGAUUGUAGAGAAUCCAUUCAUGUAAAUGUUGAGAAAACACAGAUUUGUGUUUUACAUGAUGUUGAUGAUUCAAUUUCUUCACUUAGUGACAGAACAGAUGGUAUAUUGGACUUUAAUGCAACCAUCGUGGAAUCUGAUCACUGUACUUCCAAAAAUUCCCAGACUGAGGAAGCUACCAAGAACCCGCCUCUGGAUAUAUUACACGCUGCUUCUGCAUCAAAAUCUCAAGCCGGCGAACAUUAUAAGCAAUGCUGUAAACCUCCCCUGGUUUCAGAUACAUCAGACAGCUUGGAUGAUGAGGCCAUGUUAAAUGCUUGCCAGUGUGGUAUAUUACCAAUUGAAGGGAAGACAGCCGAGUCUGAUAUCUUCAAGGUCGGUGAAGCAUGGGAAUAUUCCAGGAAUCCGUCUCAUGCAGAUAUAGAAGAAAUUCAAACAGGUGCACGCUUUGCAGGAAAUGUUGAAGAAGAGAAGAUAGGAUUGACUUCAAACACAGACGUCUACACUUGCAAUCGUUUUCCCAGUGACCAGACAAAGAUUGUGUCAGAAUCUUGUGACUUUCCAAACAAGGAACAAAAUGUAGAACCAAAUGUAAAUUUCGCAAGUGGUGAACCAUGUGCAAGCGGCAUGCCUACGGAUGCUUCUGUGGACACCUCGAACGUUGAACUGGAGGUCACUGGUAAAUGUGAUGAAAACGGUGCAAAAGGUGAUCAAAAUAUAACCGUUUCUUCUAUUGUGGAUGUUUUUUCCAUCAACAGUUUGUCUACGACUGAUUCAGACUGUUGUGUAGAGAGAGAUCUUUCUCAAAGCAAUGCCACCCAGGUUGAAGAACCAUGCAAUAGCAUCUAUAAAAAUGUAAAUUUCGCAAGUGGUGAACCAUGUGCAAGCGGCAUGCCUACGGAUGCUUCUGUGGACACUUCGAACGUCGAACUGAAGGUCACUGGUAUAUGUGAUGAAAACGGUGCAGAUGGUGAUCAAAAUAUAACCGUUUCUUCUAUUGUUGAUGUUUUUUCCAUCAACAGUUUGCCUACAACUGAUUUUGACUGUCUUGUGGAGGAAGAUCUUUCUCAAAGCAAUGCCACCCAGGUUGAAGAACCAUGCAAUAGCAUCUAUAAUAAUGUAAAUUUCACAAGUGGUGAACCAUGUGCAAGCGGCAUGCCUACGGAUGCUUCUGUGGACACCUCGAACGUCGAACUGGAGGUCAUUGGUAUAUGUGAUGAAAACGGUGCAGACGGUGAUCAAAAUAUAACCGCUUCUUCUAUUAUUGAUGUUUUUUCCAUCAACAGUUUGUCUACGACUGAUUCUGACUGUUGUGUAGAGAGAGAUCUUUCUCAAAGCAAUGCCACCCAGGUUGAAGAACCAUGCAAUAGCAUCUAUAAUAAUGUAAAUUUCGCAAGUGGUGAACCAUGUGCAAGCGGCAUGCCUACGGAUGCUUCUGUGGACACCUCGAACGUCGAACUGGAGGUCACUGGUAUAUGUGAUGAAAACGGUGCAGAAGGUGACCAAAAUAUAACCGUUUCUUCUAUUGUUGAUGUUUUUUCCAUCAACAGUUUGCCUACGACUGAUUCUGACUGUCUUGUGGAGGAAGAUCUUUCUCAAAGCAAUGCCACCCAGGUUGAAGAACCAUGCAAUAGCAUCUAUAAUAAUGUAAAUUUCGCAAGUGGUGAACCAUGUGCAAGCGGCAUGCCUACGGAUGCUUCUGUGGACACCUCGAACGUCGAACUGGAGGUCAUUGGUAUAUGUGAUGAAAACGGUGCAGACGGUGAUCAAAAUAUAACCGCUUCUUCUAUUAUUGAUGUUGUUUCCAUCAACAGUUUGCCUAAGACAAAUUCUGAGUGUCGUGUGGAGAAAUAUCUUUCUCAAAGCAAUGCCACCCAGGUUGAAAAACCGUGCAGUAGCAUCUAUAAUAAUGGAAAUCCAGAAAGUGUGGCAUUGAGUUAUUUAAUACAGGUGGGAACUGAAUUGCCUACAGCAGCACAGGACCAAGUCAUGGACAAUGAAAUAGGAGAGACCUGUUUACAGCAUAAAUCACACAUUGCUGGGGAUUGCUUCAGUGAGGAUGAACAGAAGGGACUGAAUGAGGUUUGUUUUUGUGCAGAGGAUGGCAAAACUAAAGGAGAAAUAUCAGAAACGCAGGGACUUGUACCAACUUCUGAGAUGCCUAGUUGCAUAGAUGAUGUUGUAUCCUACAAUGACCGUUUAAAGUCUGUGUGUUUUGCUGAGAGUGCUAUACAAACAACGCUUGCUGUACAAGCAUUUGAUUUCAUGAAAAAUGAUUGCCAGGACCCUGCUUCAGGGCAGCCUGCCAAUGACACGCAAAGAUCUUCAAUUACACACAGUCAGGAGCACGGAGACCUUCGAGACACGUGCGUGAUCGGCUCUGAAAUGGGAGGAGAUGUUAUUGACUCCAGCGUUCCUAUCGUGAGUACUGCAAACCUGUCACUUGAAACUAGAGAGGAGCAGUCAUGUGCCAUACAAGGCCUUGAAAGCAAUUAUGCAUCCGUUGAGAGCUCUCCACCAAUCGUGUCUCGUGGUGCCCAACUUGUAACAUGUGAAUCUUCUGCUUGCAAUCUUGGACCUCUUGACUUUGAGCAGUCUGAUUUGAAAACUAUUGUUGAUAUGAAUGAGGUGGUUAAUUUUGGAAAUAACGCAAUCCCGUUACCUGUUGAACCCGACCAAGUUGACAUUCAUGCCACAACACCAUCUUACGAGAUACAUUUGCUUAAUAAUGGUCAAUUCACAGUCCCUGUGCAGGUGGAAAAGCCUCAGGACUUUAUCUGCACGGACGAAUUGGAGGGUGAGCAAGGCAUGUUGAACAUGGUGACUAACCUUCUUGGGAAAUCAGAGUUGAGCGAUGAUAUGGAUUGUACUCGCUGCCUUCCAGCAUGGGCUGAAGAUCCACAUGCCCUGUUUUCUGAUAACCGCAUAGAGUCAUGUGCUUUGGUGUCAGCAUGGGCUCAGGCUGUUUGUGGGACGAACAUUCAACAGGAUUGUGAAUCUGACUCUGCUGAAUCUGAGGAUUUCCCGACUUCAAUGCCGUUUAUAGCACCCUACCCUUAUAACCUUUUAGUAAAUGAUGGAUCUUGUGUUUGGGACUGGCAUAAUACUUACAGUGAACUUGAAUCUUCCAAGAUUUCCGACCUCAAUCCCAAUGCGAAGGCAUGGGCCAAUUACAUGCCUAAACCACAGGCCUCUGCUCCAACCUGCACGGAUUCUCAGCAGUCAUGGGUAGAAGCCGCCGAUGACCCAUCAGACAGCAUCUCAGGAGGUUAUAAUAACAGUGAAGACAAAGGGAACUGGAAUGAGGAACAGCAGGUAUCUACCUCUGUAGAGCUGCCAUUUGCAGCGCAGCCAGAAUCUGUGUACAUGGGAAGCUCAGCCAGUGAGAAGGGCAUUGUGUCAAACCAGAACACAAGUAUGAAAGGAAUAGAUGACUCUGACUCCUCCAGACAGCUCGAGGACCUUCGAGAACAACUGAAGGCAACACUGGAGUUCUGCCUGUCUAGGGAGAAUCUAGCAAAUGAUAUGUACCUCAUCUCACAAAUGGACAGUGACCAGUAUGUGCCAAUAGUGACCUUAGCAAACCUCGAUCAAAUCAAGAAACUCACCACUGAUGUGGAUCUCAUUGCAGACAUCUUAAAAGCCUUGCCCCUCGUCCAAGUUGACAAAUGUGGAGAGAAAGUACGGCCCAAUCAGAACCGGUGUAUCGUAAUUCUCAGAGAAGUUCCUGAGGCCACUCCUGUGGAGGAAGUUGAAGCACUCUUUAAGAGUGAUAACUUACCCAAAUUCAUCAAUUGUGAGUUUGCCUACAACGACAACUGGUUUAUCACCUUUGAAUCCGAGGCAGAUGCUCAGCUGGCAUAUCAGUAUCUGAGAGAAGAUGUGAAAACUUUCCAAGGAAAGCCGAUUAAGGCUAGAAUAAAGGCCAAGGCCAUUGCCGUCAAUACCUUUAUCCCAAAGAACGGGUAUCGGCCAGUGGACGUGUCCUCUAAUGUCCAACAACGCUACACCCCCUACUACGUCCCACCAGUGUAUGGAGCACAACAACAAUUUCCUCUAUAUCGGCUGGUUACGCCGCAGGGCUGGUCAGCUACCCAAAACUAUUUGGAACAUACACUGGUUACCCCAUUUCCCAGCCCUGCGUUUAUUAAUGGCUUUGCUGGAACACCGACUUUUAAAUCGGCCACUUCUCCACUAACUGUCAGACCGUAUGCACCUCGAAACAGGAACCACAACAAAACACAAAUUCGACUGACAUCAGAACGUGGAACCACACUGCUGGAGAACCCUGCUGCUUUCACUACCUUUCAUACGGAGAGGGUCCCCAACGGGACACGCCCUCCACAGGCACAUCACUUGGGUAGCCGGCCUCGAUUACCAAGCGGUCCUGGCUAUCCUCGACGGGACCAGGUGGGAAGUGGCCGGAUGGAGGUGAACGGGGCAGAUUAUUCUCUAAAUGCUGGACGUGGAAGAAGAGGCGGCUAUGGGUACAGAAAAAGACGGGAUGACAGCAAGUUCCCAAGAACAGCCACGCAGUCGCCCCCUUCCGUUCAGGAGCGCGCUCCCUCCCCCAGUUUUGAGCUGGGACUGUCCAGCUUUCCUCCUCUGCCUGGAGCCGCUGGAAAUCUAAAGCCUGAAGUAAAAACUGAAAACAGCCUUGAGAACCGACUGUCUGACAUCGUCACAGGAGCAGUGAAAGAUAAGUCUCUAAAUAAGGAUGUGAUCACCAGCCGUGUGAUCUCUGGGACCUCCAAAGAAUCCGUGCAGGCUGUUCCUGCUCCUCCCGCUGCUAAGAUCCCAGUGGACCAGCAACACUCACCCGCUCCAGCUCCAGCUCCUACAAUCCUGACACCUGUAGAACAACCUAAAGAGACACAGACGCCUGCAGAGAAAUGCUCAGUUACACUCGCUGCUAAAACCGCACCACCGGGCAAUCCAGUGACGGAACCCCGAAAGCCAAGCUAUGCAGAGAUCUGUCAGAGGAUAAGAGAGGCACCCACGCAGCAGCCAACAGACCCCCGACCUCACGGCUCCACCGCCGAUGACAUCAAAACCCCAGAUUCAGCAGAACACAAAUCCAGAGAAUCCGCGACCGCCAGAGAGACACUGAAAUGUCAGCAGGCCGUCGGAGAUCGAGGGACCGGGGGCACAACUUCCUUCCACCAAUCCUGAGUGUUCGGCUCUGCUUCCGCGACUGAACGGGAACAAACUGUUUGUCAGGGCUGCUCAUGUCCCUGCCAACUCACCAUCUCUUUAGGAGUACACGCAUCGACAGCUUGUCACUGGAAUCAGGGCCUAUAGACAAAAGCACUUGUGCGGAAGGGUUCUCUGAAUCAUUUUUGUUCGUCCUUAAUCGUUUUGUUUCUCAUUUACGUUUGUUUGUUUUCAAAGGAAAUGGAUUAGUGAACCAGCACCAGUUGGAGAGUAACUAUUUAAAUACGUUAUGACGGAGCUCAUGCUUUUUUUGUCGUUUAAAUAGAGACGUUGGGAGGAAAUACUGAUUAUUGAAUAUAGUGCUGAUCCUGAAACACUUUUUUUCUUUUCUUUUUUUUUAAUUGAUAUGUAUAUAAUUUCGUUAACAUGUUAAGUGUCUCGGUACCGCCGUCACCGUGUGCGUUCUCUACGUGGCGGUCCCAGCCAUUACAAAUGCAUGAGUGAGACUUUCGUGUAUAAAUCCGUUUCGUGUUUUUAUGUUUGGAUGUUCCAGCACUGGAGUGAUGUUUUUGAGCUCUGAAUUUUUUUUUUUACAUGCUAAUCCUUUAUCAGUUGUACUGAUGUGAUAUUGUAACAGGUGUUUGUAUACCUGUUUUUGUGUGCAUGCUUUUUUAUGUUUUUCAUUUUUUUCUUCUUUCUUUUCUUUUUAAUCCUUUUAAUAGCACACAUUAUAAUUUCUCUACUCGCCAUUGUUUGAGGAAAAUCCACUCCGAUGCCUCGGCAUUCAAUUCCGGAAGAUCUUUACACAGCAAAGUCCUCAGGUUGUGAGGGUGAAAUGUCUUCAUGUGCCUAGUCUGCUGUGAUCUGAACUGAUUAUAGAUGGCUAUAUUUGCUUCUUAGCUUUGUUUGUUUCGUUUGUUAUCCUGGUGUGGUGCUACGGUUCGUCACUUGGUUAAUUCGGUGCUUUAUCUAAAUACAAGGAGGGAAAGACACCAACAUCCACCAAUGUCUAUCCUGUGAUCUUCACCGAUUCGCUUUCAUAUCACCACAUAAAUAUAUAAAGCUUGGAAUCGUGUACAUUUAUAUAGUGACGUAUACGUAAGAGCAAAAGAUCUGAGCCUUCAGCACACAUAGACCAGAGCUGUUUUGUGGGGUUUUUCCAUUUAUGCAUACUUUGUUUCAGUGUACAUCUCACACUUGACGUGCCCUCGUUCAUGCAUAUUCUGUUUGUUGGUUAUUAGUUCAGUUAAUUGGUUUGCAUUAACGUUUGUGUCUCGGUCCGAGCAAGAUGGACAGUUAUUUUGAUGUCUUCCUGCAGCGUGGAGCACGUGCAGAAUGCUUUGAGAUGUUCGUCAUGGUCUAUUGUUUAUAUUCUCUUGUAUCUACCCUGUGACUCAUUUUUGUUUUCCUCUCUUAAACAAAAAACUUCUUUUCUUUUUUGUUUUGACUCUCCGAAUGCAAUUAAUCACUUUUCCAUCAAUAAAUGAAGCAUACUGUGGUUCAAAUAAUAAAGGUUUCAUUACACAAACCUUUAAGAUGUUGAAAAAAAUGUAAACAACAAGAAACAUCACAUAUAAGUUGACAGUGUUUAAAAAACUUGAAUUUUAUUUAAACUUGAAAAAAAUGUCUCUGCCUUAACUUUUUAGAUGACAGUUUGGAGUUUUUCUUUCGAUUCCAAAAGUGUACAAAACGGGACGAUGUAGUGGAGGCAUCACAGCGCCUUGGUCACUGCGUUUGUGUAGCACAAUACUUUUGGGGUUGAGAUGGGAUUAUCGUUUUGUUUCGUUCACCUCUGUGUAAAUGCUUGUAGUCUAAACUGUAGUACAUGUAUACACUAGUAUGUGUGUGCUUUUUCUGUACAGAUGUAAAUAAUUGGAAAAUGUUAAAAGGUACCCUAAAAUUGGUUAUGAGAAAAUGUAUGGAAAAAAAUAAUAAAUGUUAAUGAAAAAUCGGA